AUGAAGCUAGGUUAUGCGGCAGAAAGAGUGCGCGAUGCACCCUGCCAACAGGUGACGCUGUCGCCUCCACCCGCGGAAUAUGUCAUGGGACUCGCUCGAGUCGCGCGACUUCCUCGGGCUGGUUGUAUCUGUUCCAGCGGGGCGCCUGCUCACCAGCUGUCUGCUUCGCGGUUGAUUAGUUCACCAGAUCCCUCCAGACAUCGUCUCGAUGAGCCACCUGAGCUGUAUUCAUUCUCCGAAGAGUACCCGACUGAGGUCCGCAAUGGGCGUUGGGGGGCGCGCUUUGGCCCAGCGCAUAGGCCAUCGACAGGCUGGUGCGAAUGUUUUCGUAUCAUCAGGUCCAGGAUAGACCAGUACCUAGCGAGGCGGAAGAUUGAGCGCGGUGUGCGGUUGUACAGUCAAAAUGAACAGCGGCAAGCAGUCAAGAUCUGGUUAUCAGCGUUACGUGGGGUUCGACACCGGAGCGAUAAAUUCGCAUUGCUCGGCCAUCUUUACCAGGCCUUCAUGGACUUUGGCAAGUAUAGGGAAUCUUUGGAAUUCGCAAACCGUCAACUUGGCAUAUCAGAAGAGCUGGACUCCGCACCCAUGAGGGCUGAAGCCUACCUCAACCUGGCGAGGGCACACCAAACACUCGGCGGGUUAGAUAGAGCACUUUCCUACGCACGCCACGCGCUCUAUAAUGACUGUGGUGGAGGAUCAACGGCGGGUUGCGUUCACCUCACAGUGGCGAGUGUGAGCUUAGAGCUGGGCGCCUUCUCCAAAGCCAUGGACAGUUUCCAGAAAGCUCUAGCUGUUGCACAAGCACAGAACGAUAAUACACUUCUGCUUCAAGUCUACGUGGGUCUAUCGGAGUUAUGGCGUCGUCUCCGCGACACAGAACGAGCUGUGGCUUGUGCUGCUCGAGCGUGUGACUUGGGCCGCGGUCCACGGUCAACUGACCUCAAUACGCGACAUCACAGGAUCGCGUUAUUGCAAAUGGCGGCUGCUUUGCGGGCGAGGGGGGAGUUGGGGGACGCUUAUGAUUAUUGCAAUGAAGCCUUACGCCUGUCUACUGUAGCUGGUGAUCAAGGUAGCUUCGCACGGGCAGUCAGAAUAGCUGGUGACGUCUAUAGGAGAAAAUGUGAUUUCAAUAAAGCAUUAAGGCAUUACGAAGUAGCGAUGGGUGCAGGACAAUCUUUAGGCGAUCGUUUAGCGCAGAUGGAGGCGAUGGACGGAGCUGCGAGGUGCUUAGAAGCUUUGAGGGUGCAAGGACGGAUCUGCAACUGCAGGCCUUUGGAGUUUAACACGAGGCUGCUGGAAGUGGCGACUUCUGUUGGGUCCAAGAUGCUGGUAAGAAGAGUCCGCCUUCGUCUCGCCGAAAUUUACACAGCGUUAGGAGACAACAGCGCUGCAGCAAGACAGAAAAAAGCAGCUGGUGCGUGGGCGGCUCCAGCUUGCGCUAAAUGCCGUGAACCACUAGCAGACAGACCUGAACCCUUGGCGUCGUUACCUUGUGCUCAUAUUGUUCAUCAUGCAUGCAUGCCGGAAUCUUGGUCUCGUCGCUCGACUCGUAGCACUGGUGCAGACUGCGCUGAGUGCGCCUCACCCCGCGCUCCUCGCGAUCCGCCCCCCGCUCCGCCUGCACCGAGGAAUCUACCCGCACAGGACUUUCCGUUUGGUUCGCCACCACCCAUGAGGGACCCAGACUUGAAUUCCAUACGAUCAGACGAAGACAGUCAAGAGGAGAGUGUUUAA